AUAUUUAUUGUUAGGCUGUGGCAGUUGUUUUCUUGUUAGCGGAAAGCGCUGCACCUGCCCACCUCAGUUACAGGAGCACUUGUAAAUACAAUUCUAGACAAAGGCCUGAACUUUGCAAAACUUUCGUUUUGUUUCCUGUAUCACUGCCUCGGGCGUUGUCAACAAGUUGAUGCCGUUCUGCAAUCGGGUUGUUUACUGUCCUUAUUAUGGAGAUAUCUGCUGAAGGGCCAGGUGGAUUGGACAUCCAGACCGACACAGGUGAAGGUCAACCAGAGCUUGCAGAGCAGAGAAAUUGUGAAGUUGUUGAUGAUGUUCCGUCUGCAUCUGUUGAGGAUGGUUUACAGAUGCCUGAUACCGGCACAGAAAGGUUAAUAAAGUAUGAAGAUAAAAUAGCACAAGACGAGUGCAGCAGCAGCGAUUUGCGGCAGACUUUAAAAAUAUCCAAUGACACAGAAGGCCACAAGGAUGAAUUCAAGGAAGCUGUAAAUUCAAAUAGAGGUGAGACAGCAGCUGUAAACGAGGCUUUGGAUGAAAUAUCAGAAAAGAGUGAAGAUAUUUAUUAUUUGGAAAGUUCGACAGUUAAAGGCAACAAUAUUGAAAAUAAUGAAAUGAACGAUAAGACAGAAAGUUUAGAUGAGAAGACAAUGCCUGGAGAGAUAAUGGAUACGUUAAUUGAAGAGAUAUCAGACACAAAACACCAUGGCAAAUAUUGUGCUGAAGAAACAAAUCAAAAAGCAGAAGGAUUUGAAGAAGAUGAAGAAUAUUAUGGAAUGGCUGCUGUAAGUCGUGACAAUAAUAUAGAAAGUUUAAAUGAAGACAGUUAUGAGCAUAAAACAGCUGAAGGGAUGCUGAUGGAGAUGGAUGACUGUCAAUCUCUAAAAAGUAAAGAGGCGAGUUUGCUGAUUGAUAAUGAACAUGGACUUUCUAGUGAAGCAACUCAGCUUGAUCAACAGCACGAAGCAUUUGAAGAGGAGGAGAGUGAUUACUUUAGUGUUGCAUCAGCAAAAUAUGGCAGUUCUGAAUCUCUAGGAGAUGGCCGAUUGGCGGCAUCGAACAUUCCAGCAUCUAUUGAGGGAAGCUCCAGCAAUUACGGUGGAUGGACUCCAUUCCAAAGCGAGGCUGCUAUGAGCGAAAUCGAGGAUAGCCUGGAGAGAAGAGAACUUCCAAGUGAAACAGACCACACGGAAGAUGACUACGUAACGGCUGACGAACGGUCGGAAAUAGACUGUGAUGGCGACAAUGUACCUGUGUAUGAUGAUGAUGUUUUUCGAGAAAUAAGAAAUCGUGACGGAGAAAUUGCCGAUAAAUUUUCAAACCUUGACGUGGAUGAGAAGUCUGAGGCAGCCACUUUGUCUGACCAACUAGGCUACGAAACACAGGAUUAUCUCACUGCAGAUGAUAACUCUGAAUUUGGGGGAAGUCGGGAAAAUCUCUCAAAGAUUGACAAAGAUGGCAUCUUGUGCAUUGAGAGCGGCGAUACAAUAAGAAAUUCACCGAAAAGUGUCUCUGAAGCAUGCUUAGCCCCGGCGGGGAUUCCCUCCUCAGAGCGAAACACUGAUGUUGAAGAUUACAUCACUGCGGAUGAGAUGGCCGAAGACGAUGAUGAUAGAAAAACAGUCGUUGGUUCUGAUAAGGAAGAUGAUUUAGCGAGUAAAGACAAGUUAGAAGAAAGUAAUGGAAAUGCGCCGCGUGAGUCAUCACCAAUAGCAACAGAAGAAACAAAUGAGGAGGCUAGCUAUGUUGAAGCAAGGUUUAGCAUUGUUGAUGAGAACAGCAUUAUUGAUGAGAACAGCAUUGUUGAUGAGAACAGCAUUGCUGAUGAUAACAAAAAGGAAGAAGAAGUUAGGAAGAAUUCUCAUGAUGUAAUCAGCUCCAAAGAUGAUAUGAUCCCCAAUGAGGAAAACCGUUGUGACAAGAUCACUGACAAUGAAAAUGACAAAGAAGUGAGAGCAGAUGAGGUGCAAUCAAAACCAGUGUUAAAAAGGAAAAAAAGCUUAUUUACGUCAAUAAUGGCGAAGAAAGAAGCAAAAAUUGCAGAAAGAAUUAUGGUUCAAAAUUUAAAGUAUGAAGCUGCAAAAGAAAAGACUGCCGAUGCCAAUGCAAGGUUGGCAGCAGCCAAGUCUUCGUUUCCUUUGAUGAUUGUUGAAAGACGCAUUCCGAAACUAGAGAUACUUGAGAGAAAGAAUUUGAAACUGCAGGAAAUCAAAGCAAGGCUGGAUUCAUAUAACAUCUAUAAUAGGAAAGCAAAUGAAUAUAUAGAGGAAUGGAGAACCAAAGAAGGUGAAAUCCAGCAGAAAAGGCUCGAAGUUGAACAGUUUCGUCGAAAGACAGUAGAGAAACAGAAGCUGCUAAUGGCCUGCAAGAAGCGACAAGGGUAUUUGCAUAGUGAAAUAACCCAUCAGAAUGACCGACAGCUGCAUUUAUUGCGGCGAACUAAGCAGCUAGAAGACAGAAUCGACAUGCUGAAGUUACGACAAACAGAGCAACGAAACAUCGUCAAUCGGCGAAUCGAGGCAGCGAAGGUUAGUUGCGAGCUGAGUGUUCGCGAAGCUGCGAAGGUCGUUGUAGCAGCAAAGAGGAUCGAAAUGCUAAAAGCAGGCGUAAAAGGAUUAGAAGACAAAAUUUUCGAUAAAAGAAAAGAAAUAAAAAAACUGAAGCAAAGCACAAAGGAAAAAGAAUUUGAUUUAGAAAGAGCGAAAAUACAGAGGUCAGUGAAAACAAUGAAGAAAGAGCGAGAUUGGCAUUUCAAAUAAUGUUUUAAAAGGGUCAUUUAAAUCCUGAAGAAUGGUGAAGAAUGAUUUAACUAUCUUCAAAACUAUAUGUUUAAUUUCUCUUCCUUAAAAUCUUCUAAAGAGCUGUCCUUAGAUUUUGUUUACCAACCGAAGAAUUUAUGUUUUUCUGUGAGUGAUACAAAAGCAUCUAAGUUGCCCUUGUAGUUGACAAUAUUCCCAAGUAGCUUCAAAAUUUUAAGAAAUUUUUGCGAUAGUGAUAUUUUACUGAAAAUUAUAUCAAAACGCUUAACACGUACGUAAAAUGUUUGCUGUAUACAUAAUUAAGGUGAUGAAAUCAUUGAUAAACAAAAAAGUAUUGCAAGAGUGAUAACUAAAUUAUGCGUGAAGCUAUGAAAUGGUAUCUGAUAAUUGUGGAGCUAUUUCAUACAAUUUUGAAAGUCUUUUCUUGAAAUGCGUUAAAUUAUCGUAACUACAAUCAAAUUAUAAGCCCUAUGACCCUUAGAUACUUUUGUAAGUUGCAUUUAGUGUUAGUAGUGAAAUAUGACUAAGAUUGAUUGGUACAUGAUAAUAAUACUUAAUCAAGCUUCUCAAGGAUAAUUUGAAAACGUUGUUUCAUUGUACAGAUCCUUACAUAUCGUCUCACCAGCAUCAUUGUGUAAGCAAAGAACCUCCUUUUAAUCAUAUUACACACCAUAAUUAUUAAAUAUCAGUGCAAAAAUUACAAAUAAAAGCAAAAUCAAGUUUGUGUGCGUUAUUUAAUUAUCAAAAUCGACAUCGUGAUAUUAUCAGAUAUUAGCUGUAUAUCAGAAAUAUUUCACGAGAUUUAUAUAAGUGAUUUCUAUUUCCAAAUUGUUUAAAAGGCUGAAAGCAAACGUUUGUGACUGCAAAUCGUUUCAGUUCAUCAAUCAGGUGAUUGUCAACUGAAACCUUUUGAAGUCUUUAUCAGCAUUUGGUGACGGUCUGUUUAAUAAUGUUUCAUUUGCUAAUGUGGUGCACAAAAUGCAAAUGGCAGCUAUGAUUGCAAGUCAAAAGUUGUAGAAUAAAGUUAUUUUCUUCAUUUUACUUUUUUGUUGUAUUCCAUGUAUAGUGGCUAGAUUGUCCAUACUUUAUAAACCCACAGAUUCAUAUUUGGUAGAAUUGUUUGGCUCGUUUAUCUUCAUUGCUGAAAAUUUUUAACAUAUAAACACAGCUUAAUUUCUAAAACCAUAAAACUUGAAUUGGAUAACUUCUACUAAAAGAAAUCGAUCUUUUACAUGAAACUUUUGCUAAUUACAGCAACCAAAAUUUCAUCAUGGAAUAUCAUAUUACUUCUAGGUAUUUUCUGCCGGCUAGGCAGAUAUUGGCAAAGAAUUUGAAAUGUAUCCUUUAAAAAAAGGUCUAGUCGUUUUAGAUUAUUUUGCAUAUGAAGAAGUAAUGUCGAUCUUCUGCUCACCCUCUUGUUUUCUUGUCUAAAAACGCGGAUAAGAAUUUUGAAUCAAAAGAUGGCUCUCUAAAUUUCAAGUCAAGAUAACACAACUUACAACUGAUUAGCAACAGCGUCCUUGACAAGCCUGCAAGUCGCUUCAAAUUUAUCCAACCCAAGCCCUCGUUGCUUGAUAACUGCUUGUUCAUUAAAGGAAAAAGAAACAUGUAAGAAAAUAUGAGACAUUAAAGGUAAAAAUGGUUAUAUUUGAUGUCUGAAAAACGUUUGAAUGGAGUAUCACAAACCUAAAAAACAUUUAAUCGAAAAUUAAAUUAAAAAUCGGAAAAAAACCCCAAUAAAGACCUCACAAAUGUAAAACCCACACCUUCCAUUUACAAACGUGAGUGGCAAGAAAAUUUAGACACUAAAAACUUUAGAAAUUGUUUAUUCUAUGGAAUUAAACAUACAGUAAAUCCCCGCAUAUAAGAACCUACUUUUUCGAGGUUCAGGCUGAAGUGGGUUCUUAUUGGAAAGGUACUUGGAUGAAUUUCAGGGUAUGAAGGUUCUUAUUCGAAGGAUCCCUUAUUUAAAAUUUUAGGAUUCAUUAUCAAGAGAUGCAUUCAACACUGUUUUUUUCAUUUUGGCAAUGUUAUUUAUGCAACAUUACAAAGAUAUUUACAGGAAGACAUUUGAGCGCACUGGCUGCCUAUUUUUGUAGGUUCUUAUGUGCGAGGAUUUACUGUAUGUUUCAUGCAUAGAUAUGGUUCCAGGCUAUCAUAUACGACACGAAAUGAGUUGACAAUAGGAUUUGAAUGGUCCACAGAAUAGUCGAACUUCUUUAAUUACAACACUGUGAAAGGUGGUGUCUUCGCAUUAUUUGGAUCAUCUGUUUUAGGCUGUCAGUGUUCCAGUAACAAAGACGACCUCAAAUUAAAGCCAAUUGUGUCUGAGGAUUGGGACGCAUAAUA